AUGUUUUCGUCGUUAUCUCCUCAUUCUUGGAAGCAUGGCGUUGGUGGUAGUGGUAGAAACAACAACAAGAACAAACCAGCUGCUACUGUUGCUGUUGAAAAACGACAACAGUCGGUAGUAGCAGUAACAGCAGUGGAAGACGAAGAACCCCAAGUACCCAUGGUCCGCAUUGGUGUGCUCUCACGAUCCAGCAGCACUACCAAUACUACUACUCCAAGAACCCAAUCAUCGAUCAUGGUACCUCCUCCUUCCCGCGUUCCAUCUACCCGAGUUUCCGAUUUGUCCAUUGAGACCAUUCGUCAGUCCUUGAGAGAAAUGGAAGUCCAAUUGGUGAUUGCCCAAAACACGGUGGCUGCGGAAACGAGGGCGGAAUACGAUUUCAACGACGAGACUCACCACAGCAGUCAUCCUUUGUCCAAAGUCUCCAAGCCACCACAUUACCGCAUCAAAGACGACUAUGACGACGACGACGACGACUAUGGCGAUAAUAAGGAGAAUGAUCAACCUAAUUCUACAAAUCAAGACAUUAAGCGAGUACUCGAUGACUUGCAGUGGGCAGAGUUUGUAACCUUUCGUAGCCCCAAGAAACCAACUCACAAACGCAGUAAGAGUCAAUCUGGCAAUACCACUGCCUUGUGCAUUAAGAGUACAGGGAGAAAUAGUCAUCCAGAACGCCAAGGGCGAUCGUGGUGGCGCAAACAUCCUAUUGACAAUGAAACUAACCACAGGGUUGGACAAUAA